AUGGGCGGAAAACCUUGGACAUCGGGUGGCUGCAGGACGUGCAAAAAACGCAAACUUAAGUGUGAUGAGCAAAAGCCCAAAUGUGCUCGAUGUAUCAAGCGUGGUAUUGAGUGCCUUGGGUAUGUGGAUAGGCGGAUAUUUGUGCAUCAGGCCUCCACACAGCCAGAGAGACAACACAAUGAUAAGCAAAGACCUACACCUUCGCUUCAAUAUUCGCGUCGGGCACGAGAGUUUAUAUUACCUGCAACACCGAGUGUUAGUCCGGCGAUGCGUGUGCAGCUGUCUUCGUCAUUUCUCAACACAUAUUUCCCCUACCACAUGGAGAAGAUUGCCGGUAGGGACUCUUGGUACUUUUUGUUCAACAGUUGGGUGACGCUCCCGAACAAGAAUGAGCUCUUUGACAGAGCUCUGUCCGCUCUGUCCUGCAUUUGUUUGGGCAGGACGAAUCAAGACCGAGGGCUUUAUCACCAUGGCCUUUUGCAGUAUAAUAAAGCCAUACGACUCCAGUCAAACAUGAUUAACCGUGGACUGUGCACCGAGGAGAUGUUGUAUUCCGCACUGGUAUUUUUGGAAAUUGAGAGUUUCUCCUGCCCCGAAGGCAUGGAAGCGUGGUAUACCCAUGCGAUAGGGGCUUACGCACUUAUCAAAAGGUACCGAAGCACAGCGGAAACCUCUAAAAGUCCUGCGAUGGAUUGCCUUUUGAACAGAUUCGCGAAGCUUCUCAUGAUACUCAUCAUUUCAUCACUCAACGUUUCUGGAGAGGAAUAUAAGCAGAUCGUUCAGUGCUGCGACGAAACGCCGUUUGAUGGACUGGUCAAGCUAUAUGCGGACUCUGCAAUCAUUGCACAAGCGGCUAACUUCAUAAGUCCACACGACUACAGAGCUUGCCAGUUGCUGCUCCAUCACAGUGUCGCACAUGAAAAUAACAUUCUAUCAUGGUAUGAAAAGAUCAAGGGCGAAAUUGGCGGAGCGCCCCGGGAAUGCGCCAAGGGCGAAUCAUUAUGCAGUGGACUUUCUCGGGUAGAUGGUCUAUUCGGAACUCCUUAUCGAUUUACUUCACUUGAAAACGCCAGGAUACACAUCCUGGUCUGGAACCUUCUACGAGAUCUUCAGGAAUACAUCUACAAAGCUCGAACUCUUGUAAACUUUUUUACACGCAGUCUCUCCAAAGACCAGCUCAACCGUGAGAACCAGCAACUCGCGAGCUACUACGCGGAUCAGAUGGCACGGAGUGUUCUAUACUGCGUGCAAGACGACUUCAAAUCAUGCGGUGUUCAAUGCUUGAUAUUCUGUCUUUGCCAGACUGCCAAAACGUGGAUUGAUAUCAAGAGAGCAGACAAAAUUGCCUGGUGUCAAGAGAUUUUUGAUCUCGUAGCGGGCCUAGGCUUCGACUAUGCCAAUCGAUUAAAGGAGACUAUGAUAUCUCAAUGGGUUCAAGCGGAAAAGGCCAAUAUAGAUGACCUUUCUCCCAUCAAAGAAGUGACUGUGCGCAUUGGUGAAACUCGUGAUGCAGCAGGUGUAUCGAAGCUGGCUGCACUUCCGGGUAUGCUAGGGAAACCUUCUAUGUUAGAUGUGCCUGAGCUUUCUAGCAUGUCGCCAACAGCAAAACUGCCAGAUGCCAGGUUUAUCGUCACAGUACCCGUGCGGGAAAGGGAGAGUAUUCAAUGA